AUGGAAGCAAUCAAAAAAGUAUUCGAGCAAAAGAAUAAGGAUAGCAGCCCUGCGCUGGUGACCUUUGUCACCGCGGGCUAUCCAACCGAAGAUGACACAGUUACAAUCCUACUCGCCAUGCAGAAGGGCGGUGCGGAUCUCAUAGAGCUUGGUGUUCCAUUCUCCGACCCCAUGGCAGAUGGGCCUGCGAUCCAGGAAACCAAUGUUAUCGCACUCCAGAAUAAAGUAGAGCUUCCAAACUGUCUUGGCAUUGUACGAGAGGCUCGUAGCAAGGGAUUGACGGUUCCCGUUCUACUUAUGGGAUACUACAAUCCCCUACUUGCUUACGGGGAGGACAAGGCGAUUCAAGAUGCCAAUGAAGCCGGCGCCAACGGUUUCAUAGUUGUUGACCUGCCGCCUGAGGAAGCCAUCUCAUUCCGGGAGAAAUGUACAAAAUCAAAUCUUUCAUAUGUCCCACUUAUCGCCCCAUCUACCUCCGAAAGGCGUAUUGAAUUCCUUGCGUCCAUCGCCGACACAUUCAUUUAUAUCGUGUCCAAGAUGGGCACUACUGGGUCCUCCGUGAGCGGAAAGAUGAACAGCGCGCUGCCCAACCUCAUCUCCCGCGUACGCGAGCAUACGGAUGCCCCUCUUGCCGUCGGAUUCGGUGUAGCUACCCGCCAACACUUUGAUUUGGUUGCUGAUGCAGGCGCGGACGGCGUUGUCAUUGGUAGCCGGCUAGUAUCUAUCAUUAAGCAAUCACCUCCUGGCGAGGUCGCGAAAAGCGUCGAGGCCUACUGCUGUGAGAUUAGUCUAAAGAACCAACCCCCCAAGCGGCCGAACGCCUCCAAGACCCCCAACUCCGCGUCGCGUGUAAUCAAGACAAGUGGAUUGGACACCGAGUCGGUGAAGCAGAAUCUACUCCCGCCGAGAUUUGGAGAAUUCGGCGGACAGUACGUACCCGAGGCGCUCUGGGACUGCUUGGUUGAGCUGGAGGCCGCGCAUCAGUCAGCAAUGCAGGACCCCGAGUUCUGGAAAGAGUUCGAGAGCUUCUAUGGAUAUAUGAAUCGCCCGUCGAGGCUAUACAAAGCGGAGCAACUCACGAAGCACGCGGGUGGUGCUACUAUUUGGCUCAAGCGAGAGGAUCUCAAUCACACGGGGUCUCACAAAAUUAACAAUGCUAUCGGCCAAAUCCUGCUCGCGCGACGACUAGGCAAGAAGCGUAUCAUUGCUGAAACAGGUGCAGGCCAGCACGGUGUAGCUACUGCUACUGUAUGUGCUCGCUUUGGUAUGGAAUGUGUCAUCUACAUGGGAGCAGAGGAUGUACGCCGCCAGGCUCUCAACGUAUUCCGUAUCAGGAUGCUCGGUGCUCAGGUUGUUCCGGUGCACUCGGGUUCGUGCACACUGAAGGACGCCGUCAACGAUGCUCUCCGCGACUGGGUCACGAAUCUCGCUGACACUCACUACUUAAUUGGAUCAGCUAUCGGGCCGCACCCCUUCCCGACGAUUGUGCGUGACUUCCAGCGUAUCAUUGGGAAGGAGAUCAAGCAACAGCUGCACUCAGAGAUUGGGAAGCUUCCUGACGCCGUCGUUGCGUGCGUAGGCGGAGGUAGCAAUGCUAUCGGCACUUUCUUUGAUUUCAUUCCAGACAAGAACGUGCAGCUUAUCGGUGUCGAGGCUGGCGGAGAAGGUCUUGACGGCGAGCGCCACUCUGCCACUCUGGCGAAGGGUCAGGCUGGAGUGUUCCACGGUGUUCGGACAUAUGUUCUCCAAUCGCCCUCGGGACAGAUCAUCGAGACUCACUCGAUCAGUGCCGGUCUCGACUAUCCAGGUGUAGGGCCCGAACACGCCUGGCUGAAAGACUCCGGCCGCGCUAGUUAUGUCGCUGCGACUGACGAGGAGGCUCUCCGCGGCUUCAGGAUGUGCACACAGUUGGAGGGCAUUAUCCCUGCGUUGGAGUCCUCGCAUGCGGUUUGGGAGGGUGUCCGUAUCGCGAAGACCAUGCCCAAGGAGACCAACAUCGUUAUCUGCCUUUCGGGUAGAGGUGAUAAGGACGUGGAGCAGAUUUCGCAACUACUCCCCGGAAAGUGGGAGGACAUUCUCGACUGGCACGUACCCCAAGUAUAA